UCGGCCAUGUUGCAAUUUCUGAAUUUGUCUUGAACAAUUUUAUUUUGUUCAGUCAAUUCAGUUUACAGAAUUGAGAGAGUGCAUUAAAGAAGUAAACGGACCGCUCCAUCAUCGCUAUUUUUUAAUAGUCUUUACCGAGCAUGUUAUGGUGUCCUUUGUAACAUAUUCUAUGUGAAACAAAAAUGAGGUGAUACAAGUCAAAAACAAUUUCUAGUGCCUACGUACUUCCUACAAUGAUUAAUCUUUUGGGGCAAGGCUCUUAGUAUUUUAUGUAAAUUAGCAUGGGUUGGUACGGAGUGACGUAUUGUCUAUUGAAUGUUUUUAUCACGCGUCAGUAUCGCCGAGCGUUGUGACUCGUGAAGUUGUGAAGUUCGUACUCAAUCGAAAGUGAAAAGUCAAGCUUAUGGCAUAUCGUGUGUAGUGUAUAGUAUUAAGUGUUGAGACAUGGCGCCGCCGAGACCUCCGCCGCCUCCAGGCCCGCCGCCGCCACCCGGGCCGCCUCCACCACCUAUUUUCAGUGGGUCUAAAGGAGGCGGGUCAGCUGAUAAUAGGAACGCUCUCCUAAGCUCUAUACGACAAGGAGCCAAACUAAAAAAAGCUGUUACUGUGGACAAAAGUGGACCAUACAUACCUGGGAAGGUUACAAACUUAUCGAACAGUGGUUCCCCGGUUGGGAAUGGAGUUAGGAGUGCAGCACCUGUGCCAAAUGGUGGCGCUAUGCCUGGCUUAGGAGGACUUUUUGCUGGCGGCAUACCCAAGUUAAAGCCAACUGGGAAAUGGGCCGGCACAACACAAAAUGGCCAAAUCAAAAUGGAAGCACCCCGGUUUCCGACAACACAACAAACACAACACGCUCAAAGGUCACCGGAAAAGAUACGACCAUCCCCCACUGGUGGAAAUCUAGUUGCUGCUAUAUCAGAAGCUUUAGCCUCAAGAGAAAGUUCCAGGGAAUCGCCGAGGGAGUCACCGAGAGAGCCUCCAUCCAGACCCAUGGUGAGGAGGCAGCCUAGUGAGGCAAAAGCACGAGGGCCACCUCCAGAGCCACCUGUACAAAAACCUAUGAUGCCUUUGAGUUCAUCGGACUCCGUGCUGACGACGGGAACAAUUUCAGAACGCAUAACAAACUUACAGCAGUCCUCUGAGCAAAGCCUGCAACCCCACGUCGCUUCAACGCUGCAACGGAAUAGGAGCUCCUUGCAUUCGGGGUCCCAGACAUCUUUGGGCGGUUCAAUGACCUCCCUUACAUCAGCACCUCCAACGCCCGCGCCCGCAUCUUCAUUGUCCACAUCAGACUUGACAGAAAGGCCAAGAGUUAGCCACGGCAAGCCCAACCUAGCGCCGAAGCCGCCGACGGUGUCCCCAGCGCCCGAUAGGCCUUCGCCCCCGCCCAAGAAGCUGAUCGUCAACGGGAAGCUGGCUGCACGAGCACAGAGCAUGAGGAUGCCCAGAUCGCCGCCAGUGUCGCCCCCCUCCCCGGCCGGCGCGCCGGGUUCCCGCCCGCCGCCGCCCUGCGCCCCGCCGGUCGUCGCCACAAAGAACCCCGCUUCACAUUUUGGAACACUCCGCGCGUCGCGAGGGCUUCGCCCCCCCGGCGUGUGUCCCCCGCCGCCGCCGGGCGCUCCGCCACCGCCGCCCGCGCGGGCCGCGUCCCUGGCACAGCCCCCUCCGCCACCACCACCACACUUCCGAUUACAAAACAACAGACACGAACAUAUGAACGAAGAACCACCCGCGCCCGCGCCUCCAGUCCGAGGCUCUUCCAUGCGAUCGGCUGACCUGGAGGCCAGGUUCGCGGAGCUGUUCAACCCGGCAGCCAGCUUCCCGAUACCCGACCCCUUCCUGCGCAUCACUAAGGGGUACAGCAGCACUACUGUCGCUGUAGCAAACAAGGCCCCCGCCCCGGCGCCGCCUCUUCGCCUGCCGCUGGCGGGCUGGUCCGGGACGUCGAGCGCAUGCUAGCAAACGCGGGGGGCGCCUGUGCCUCCCCCCGCGCCCCUCGCCGCCCUUCACC